GGGCUGAGCUGAUCCCACGUGUGACGCUUUCAUUCCCGGCUCAGUAAUAUUCUCAUAGCGGGGCUUUGCAUAUCUCCUGCCGUAUCUGUGUGUGUCUGUCACUGUGACUGUAGUCCCAGCCUAUAGUUUGAAAUAGAUAUGGAAGGAGACGGGAGUCAAGCCACAUCCGGAAGCCUAAAUGAUUCACAACAUGACCCGGGUAAAAUGUUUAUCGGUGGCCUCAGCUGGCAAACCUCACCAGACAGCCUUAGAGACUAUUUUAGUAAAUUCGGAGAAAUAAGAGAAUGUAUGGUGAUGAGAGACCCCACGACAAAACGCUCAAGAGGAUUUGGGUUUGUUACGUUUACAGAUGCUGCCAGUGUAGAUAAAGUCUUAGCUCAACAACACCAUGAAUUAGACUCAAAGACGAUUGAUCCUAAGGUUGCCUUUCCCCGUCGCGCCCAGCCUAAGAUGGUCACAAGAACAAAGAAAAUAUUUGUCGGUGGUUUGUCGGCCAACACAGUAGUGGAAGAUGUGAAGCAGUAUUUUGAACAGUUUGGGAAGGUUGAUGAUGCCAUGCUUAUGUUUGAUAAGACGACUAACAGACAUAGAGGAUUUGGUUUCAUAACUUUUGAGAGUGAAGACAUCGUAGAGAAAGUCUGUGAAAUUCAUUUUCAUGAAAUCAAUAACAAAAUGGUAGAAUGUAAGAAGGCCCAGCCCAAGGAGGUGAUGUUCCCACCCGGUACACGAGGGCGAGCCAGGGGUCUGCCCUACACCAUGGAUGCCUUCAUGCUGGGGAUGGGCAUGCUGAGUUACCCUAAUAUUGUGGCAACGUAUGGCCGCGGAUACACUGGUUUCGCACCCAGCUACAGCUACCAGUUCCCUGGCUUCCCAGCGACAGCAUACGGACCGGUGGCAGCGGCGGCGGUAGCAGCAGCGCGUGGCUCAGGUAGGGGGGCCCGUGGAAGAGGCGGCUACUUGGCGUACCCACAGAGCACAGGGCCAGGCCUCCCCGAUUACGGGUUUUACUCUGCGCCCAGUGACCAGAGGGGGGGGCCCUGCUCCUUUGCUGACUAUGGCUCCCUGGGGCCCCAAGCGGCUCAGAUGCUGCACAGUGAGCAUGCCACCUCCGCCUGCAACUCCCCCCUCCAGCACCUACACAGCCCGGAUCAAUUUAAGAACCCAGGCACUAACCCUUCAAGGCCCGGAGGUUUCCCUGGUGCUAACAGUCCAGGGCCUGUGGCUGACCUGUACGGACCCAGCAGCCAGGACUCUGCCGUGGGAAACUACAUCAGUGCUGCUAGCCCUCAGCCCGGCUCUGGGUUCGGACCCAGCAUCACAGGCCCGUUGAUUGCGACAGCUUUUACAAAUGGAUACCAUUGAACAGGUGGCCGGUUGCCAUCUCAUCAGAGCAGAGUAUAUCUGGUGGCCCAGGAAAGACAGGACGAAGUUUCUAAUUGGCUUUGUGUGCAGGUGAUGCUAUCCAACUUCAAGCACUACAGCGUCAACCGAGGAAAAAGAAAGUUGGAACCACAUGAAGAAGAAAAGAAAACGUUAGUCAUCUCAGAAAAAUAACAACUGCUGUACUAUAAUCCAAACCUCCUAUACCUUUACGACCUGGUUUGGUAUGAUGUUUCACGUCGAUUUCAUUCACCUGUUUCCUUUCCUCUGUUUGUUUUUGAUUAGCUUUUAGGAAGUCAUCUUAGUUGAACCUUUAAUUUUGUGUCAUUUUAUUUAAUCUUAUAGUAUAUUUGUGUAGAUGGAUUUUGUUUGAAUAUGGGGGUCAUAGCCAAGAAUAUCUGCAAGUUAUGUCUUCAUCUUUGUAUCGGUGAGUGUACCAGAGAAACGAUUGGAUGUUUCAUUCAGUCUUUCCACAAAUAAAAAAGAAACUCGGUGUGGAGAGACUCGGAGAAAAAAAAUCAGUUUAAAGGAAAAUUUUAAGAGGGUAUCUAAGUAAUAAAUCUUAGUAGCUGUUUUAUUUCGUGUGAUGUCGCAUUGUUAACCAUAAUUACCUAUUUUUGGGCAAUACAAAGAGGACUCCAAUAUUUUUAUGGUCCUUUUUUAUAAGUGUUGUUUUUGUUGUUUAGAAAUAUAUAUAUAUGCUAUAACAAAUUUCAUAUAACUACAUUGUGAAUUCAAACUUGAGAAAAAGAAAUGUAGCUGUACAUAUUAUUCCAGUCACUGCAUAUAACCAACUCAGUGAGAGAAUAGCAUAUUUUUGUGAUGGUGUGUCAAAAGAAAACAUGUUAUAGCGUGUGAAUAGAAGAAGAAAAAAAAACUGUCAACAGUUAUUAAUCUACCUUUGUUUUGUGCUGGAAGACGACCCCAGAGACAGAACACACUUUUGCUCUGUAAAUACUGAAGCUGAAUAAUUUUACAAGUGUCAUACCAGCAAAAUUUACAAACAGAGAGUUAAGUCAACACAGGUUUCAAAGAAAUAAAGGAGCCUGACGGUAUCUUUUGUUUGAACUGUUGAGAUAUCGGUAUCAUUUCAAAGAAGAAGAAAAACAAAAGACGAUUUAAUCCAAAGCACACUGUACUUAGAGGUGAAGAUCAGAACUUGAAUCAGGCAUUUUACAGUGCUCUGUGCAUUCUGACACUUUUAUACUGAGAGGAACUUGUUAGUCGUACGUUCUUGUUUGUGUCAUCCUGCUUGUUCCUGAUGAAUUUCUUCGGAAAGAAACACAAUAUCUGGGCUCUUCUGUUACGCGAGCCCUUUUAAUGUAACGCUUGUUCUCUGAAUCCGUUCUUUUUUGGAAUGAAUUAGGAAAAAGUCAACGUUUUGAUACCAUACCUCAGCCUUUUUGACUUCUGGCGUGGAGUCAUUGGGCAGGUUUAAUUUAUUCUCGUGGUUAAAAACAGAAUGAAAACACUGAAAGGUUAAUAAAGCGAGUAAUCAUUGCACUGUGAGUAGUGAAGUACAGGCCUUUUUUUUCCUAUUUGCACAUGUGUAUGCUGGCUUUUCAAAACGGCCCUGUGCUUUGGGAUAGUAUGAAGGAUUUAUGGGUUAAUGUAUUCUCGAUGAACGCGUUUGUGGCGUUGGAAAUAUAACUGAUAUGUUGCAGUGUACACUUGGAUUUCUUUCUCUAUUAGACCCAUGUCUCAUCUAAAGAUACUUAUACAGGGUCAACAGAGUACACUGAAUGAUUCACUAUCUGUCGCUGCACCAGCUUUUACACAGUGUGUGUGCUAAAUCAUGUUACUCAAACAAUUAUUAAUAAUAAUAAUAAUAAUAAUAAUAAUAAUCAUCAUAUUUUCCAGAGUGCAGUCCGUUUUUUAGAGUCAUCCAUGGAAUGAGUGGUUGUUUUAUUUUGAAAGGACUUUACCUGCUGCGGAUGUUUGUUGUUGUUUUUUUUUUAUUUUUACCCCAUUCUUGUUUGGUUUGAUAUGAUUUCAAAACAACCAGGUAAAGAAAUAUGCUGGAUACUUUUACAGUAAAUGAAACGAAGGUGUGAUCAAGUAAUAAUUGAAACAGUAAAGAGAAAAAAAUGACCCUUGUAAUGUUUAAAUGUAAAAGAAAAUAAGAAAUACAAAUCUAUAAAAAAAAAGAAAAAAGAAAGAUGCUUCUUUGCUGAUUUCAAGUUUAAUCCGAGUUUCAUUGAUACUUUGUGGUUUAUAUAUGAAUAAUUGUAAUAUACUAUUAAAAUGUACUGUGCAUCCAUUGCUUUCUCUCUUUCCAUUCCCCAUCCUCAGAGAUCCUCCUUCUUUUUGUUGCUCAUUCAUGUAUUUCAUUAGUGUGUAAAGAAAUCACAGUUAACUUGUAAACAGAGUGCUGUCUUUGAUACCAGUGUAGUGGUCUUUGUUGUUCUCCCUUUGCUCUACCUCUCCUUUCCCUCAUAUCUACCCCCACCCCACCUCCCCACCCCAUGCUCUUUUUCUAUCUCCUGUAAGUACAACAAGUAGAUGUUAUAUAGGACUCAUUAAUAUAAUACUCGUAGUGAAUAGUGGAUUUAGGACUCAGUCAAGAUAGACCUUUAUCUUAAUGAUCAUGUUAUUCAGAUAUUUGCAGACUCUUCUUUUCAUAGAGGUUCAUUGUAAUUUAUUCCCUGUAUGUUUGACUUUUUUUAGUUUCUGCCACUCUCACAUCGUUUCAGCUAACCAAAGCUCUCACGGUUGAACAAUAGAGGAAGCGUCGCUCUAAGAAGGAAUUGUUCACGAGGCAUUAUUUGGAUCCCCACCCUUGAAUGUUUUAAAAGGGGUGUGCCAUACUACCUUAAAUGCUAACGCUAGAUAUGCAAAACUUUAAUUUUGGGUCAUUUGUCAAGAGGGGUACAAGCUAAAAUCAUGGAGAAUAGAUGUUAUGUAAUAAAACAGUCAUAAUUUUAUAAGAAUCAUAGAAAUGAUUACCAUAGAAGUCACAAUAUCAGUCACAGAGUGAUGAAAUAACUACUUUCAGCAUUAGAAAUGUCCCAGAUCUGCCACAUUUAUCAUGAAGCAUACUCUGGACUUCAUCUUUUCUUUCUCGAUUUAAAAAUGUAGCAUUAUGCAUUCUAAUGAUCUUCAUCUUAAUUGGGAACUGUUUUUAGUUUUUAUCCGAUAUCAUUGCAGUCCACACAUUUCUGAAUGAAAGAGGCAUUACUGUAGAAUUAAAAUAAAAACUGGUGUUAUAGCAUCUACUGGGCAGUCUUAAGGAAUAUUUUGAAUUCAUGUUGGACCAGCACCAUAAAGCUUUGAUUGAUGGCUUAGCCAAAUAAAAGUAGCAAAGAUUAUAUUUUCACAACCUGCAGCAUGUCAUCCUUCAGCAACCUGCUGGAUUCACAUGAGCAGCUAAUCAAACCUGUUCAAACAAAUACAUUGAGUUAAGUAGCCCAAACUGUGUGUACACUCCAUGUUAUUCUUCCAGUAUCAUAAAACAAAAUGUAAGUAAUAAUGCAGUUGUUUAAUUAAUUCACCCUUUGAGCCCUUACAGUUGAAUACUGGGACAUUAAUAACAACACAAAUGGACUCAUUAUAUCUAAGAGACCAUCAGGUUGUUGGAAAUAAAAUCAUUUGUAGAUUUAUUUGUCUUGGAAAAAGGAAUUAAAGUGGUUAAAUAAAAUCUAGGCUUUCCCAUUAACUAUAAAACAACAAAGAAAAACCGGGUUAAUUAUUCCAAAGAUAUAUUUUCAGCUCUAAAUGCUUCAACUGUUGGCACAUUAAAGUGUGAAAAUAUCACAUCACAACACAACACUACCAAUGGAUAAAAUAGGAAUAAUUAAUUUCAGUUAACCCACUCACAUAAACUAGUUGAUUAUUAUUCUGAAGGGAUAACAGGAAGUCAAUGUCCACUUCAUUUUUUUUCCCCGAUUUAUCUAAAAUGAUAUAUAAAUCAUUAACUGGUUCUCAAACGUCCUACAAACUGAUACAAGAAGCUCAUCCAGAGCUGAAUUAAAUUAUCCACAAGUGCUCGAAUAUAGAUUCAUUUUGUUUGUUUCAUUCCCUUGUGGCUCUUAGAUAAUGAACCCUCUUUGACGAGAGGAGAAGAAGUCAAUCUUGAAACGGCUCAUUUUCCCUCACACCAUAUGAACUCCGGUUGUUUUGUGAUCCUGUAGCUUGGACUUUAAGGUAGCAUGGCUCUGUUGCUGUAAUUUAAUUUAAUCUCAAACUGACAGCAGUUUACAGCUGAUGAAUGUUACACAUCUUAGUAGACUAGCUUAUCCAUUAGGGAGAGGGGAGGGGUCUUGGUUUAAAGAAAAAAAAAGAAUCAAAAAAUUAAAAAAGUCAACCUGAGAGGUGUUGACAUUUGUAGUGUACUACCGUAUCCAUUUAAACUUGAAUCUUGAGGCAAGUGCUAGGCAAUGGCCAAACUAUUUCUCCUUAGGGGGGAAUUCACACCCUGAAAUCACACCGACCUGUGAGGUUUCUGUCUCCUUGGGUUCAAAUCUGUUUUAUGAAUAUGAAAAAGUAGAGACAUCAGUCAUGGACCGUUUCAGGCUCAGUUAGUUAGACCGGCUUUCAUUGAACGUUUCUGAGCAUUUAUACCUUCAAAGGGUUUUUCAUAGUGUUGCUGAUGGUUUUAAACCAGACAGUGUCAUUAUCUCUGAGAGAUAGUGGAUACUGUCAGAGUGACCACAAAUUUAGUCUCCCAGCCCACAAAGUGUCUCUUACUGUACACACUGUAACCAUCGUUUAUAGUGCUGGCUCUCUUGAUAGAGGAUAAAACAAAGAUGGCUUCAUGUUCACAAAUCCAACUGAACUCCUCAAGGUGACAGAAAACACACAAGUUGAACUGUACUGAUGUGUUUUGGGGUGAAUUUACCCUUAAGUCCAAAACCAUUGCCAUCCCACCCAUACUCAUUUUUAAAGAUAAACACACAAUUGCAAUAUAUAUAUAUGUGUAUAGAUGAAUAUAUACUUGCAAUUUGCACUCAUUUGAUUAGACUGGAGACCUCAGCUGUAUACAGAAUUUUCCUCUCACACACACACAGGUUCAUUAUUAGUUUAUGUUCACCCAUGUCGUGUUGUGUUCAGAGCAGACAGCUCGGCCUGAAGGAGAGCCUGCGAGCUCUUCAGAGUGCACGGGCGUCAGUGUGAGGCUUUGCUGUGCUUCCAUGUUUGUGCACGGAGCUCUCCACACUGCCGUCGGCCCAUUCCUAACACUUGCCCCCUUUUUUUUAUGUUAACCGACUUUUUAUGGCGAGAGACAGACAGACUUGACUGACAUCUGAAAGCAUCUUUCAGGUUAUCAUAUGGCUUGCUUAAGCCCUGUUGUAAAUUAUACUAAAAAGAAAAAAAUAAUAAUACAUGGAUGGGGGUCUCUCACAUAUCAAAUGUGGAAAGUCUAAUUUUAUAUUUGUAUUUUCAAAUAAUAAUAUUGACAAAAAAUGUCUGUGAAAGGUUUCCAUCCUCUACUGUGGUCCAGAAAUUGAUGUGUCUGUCUGGAAAAUAAAUAAAAUAAACUGGAUUGUUAUAUGA